GUCCCUAAAGCACCAGAAAGAGGUGGAAAGACGCAUACCAACGGCUUCUCCCGGCGUACGUGAAAGCUCUCCUCCUUGUAGCUAAAGCAAAGCGAGAGUCUCCCCGUCAACACAGUACCUCCACCUCUUCUUCUGCUCUCUUUGAAGCCAAGUCUUCUCACUCACAGCUCACCAAGUCUCCACUUCACGCUAUGCUCUCUUUGAACCGGGAAUGUGGUGGUGUGAGCUUUGGACCGUGGAUCCGGUCCGAUCGAACCGGAUCUGGAACCGGAACGGGAUAGGGCGGGUUGUCCCGUUUUCCGCGGUGGGUCCUUUAGGAAAGCUGCGAACGCAAGCUCUGCUCACGUGCAGGCAGCUCGUCUUUGCAUGCAAAUGUUGUUGCUUGCCGACAUUGAAUGACCUUCGCCUAUUGUGUAGCCGCGUGGAGUGCUGUUGAUGACUUCCCAAAUGCACAUCAGUUCCUUCCUCUGUUCAAGUUGAUAUACUUUUGUCCUAAUUGCCAUAUAGUUCCUACGAAGAAAAGGCAAGAGCAACCUCUUCGGUUUCCCCAUCGAGGACACACUAAAAGACAUGUAUAUGAGCUACCACUGCAAGCCACCUUGACCUAGUUCGAAAAAGAGAGUCGUUUCCAAGCUAUAAAUUCUGCACAGGAGGAAGCUCAGAAACUGACAUGGAUAAACAUGAAAGAAGAAAAAGAUAAAAAAGUAGCUCAGAGUGGGUGUCCUCCUGCACCGAGUGGCUAUUGCUCUUGAAAUUUUGAAACGCUGGGAGAAGAGGAAGCUGAACAGUCUACUGAGGUGAGUCUGAGACGUGUCUGUGUUGGCAGCUACUGCACUUGGGAACGAUUUCUUCUUCAAAUUUUGAAAUGCUUGGAACAAUCUCUGGCAGCUACCGACUUUGAUUGGUUUUUCUAGUAGCGUUAUAGUUAGUGUCCCUUUAAAGAGAGAUUACAGCAGUGCAAAGUAUAUCUUCUGUCCAAACCCACCAUUAAGGAGAAUUAAUGCAGUGACCUUUUAGUACCUGUUCUUGAUUUGGUUGGUCGGACAUUGUUAUCACCAAACGAACCCCUUCUGAUCUGAGAAUGAUUCUUCAGACUGCGAAAGCUAUCUGCAUCUUCCUCGCAUUUUAUUAUUUUAUGGCCCUCCACUCUCUCCAGCUUCCGUCUCUCAUCAUGGCCACCCUCCCCCUUUGCCUCAUGAAAACGAUUCCCACCUCUUCUUCUUCUUCUUCUCCUUGUCGUUGAAGUUUCGUCUUUACUGCUUUCUCUUUAACAUUCGUCUCCUUACCAUAGCCGUUUCAGAUCACAGACGCUGCCUGCGAUCCAUGGCCGAAGAACCUGAGCCUAUCUCGGAUGUCAAUUCCGCCAGCCACCUGUUGUCUCAAGCAAGGCAGCUCGUCCCUACCGCCCUCGACAAGGCCCGGGCUGCCGCAGGCUUCCCGGCAAGAUGGAAAUACAUAAUCUCCAAACUAGAGCGCGUCUCGCCGUGCCUCUCCGACUUCUCAAGCCACCCCUGCUUCGCCAAGAACGCACUCUGUAAAGAACUGCUGCUGUCGGUGACGAACACCCUCGUGGAAGCCAUCGAGCUCGCCGGCCGCUGCUGCCCCGCGGAGCCGCUUUGCUUGGGCAAGCUCCAGAUGCAGAGCGACCUCGACGCCUUGUCGGGUGAGCUCGACCUCGUUCUGAAUGACUGUGCGUUGCUGGUGAAGACCGGGGUCCUCGGCGAUGCCGCCAUGUCCCCGAUUCUCGCCGACUCGCAGAACGCGACGCCGAUGCACGACAGCGUACACGAAUUACUAGCCCGCUUGCAGAUUGGUCAUGCCGAGGCCAAGCACCGGGCUGUGGACAGACUUCUUGAGGUGAUGAUGGAGGGCGAGAAGGGUGUGCUUGCUGCCUUCGGCCGGAGCAGUAUCGGCGCUCUGAUACGAUUGCUCAGUGCAACCUCCUCGAAGACCAGAGAGAAGACAGCUACAAUGAUUUGCUUGCUCACGGAGUCAGGGAGCUGCGAGAAGCUAUUGGUUUCGGAAGGAGUGCUCCCACCUCUAAUCAGGCUGGCAGAGUCCGGAAGCCUGUUUUGUAGAGAGAAGUCAGUCGUAUCGCUCCAGAGACUAUCCAUGGCCGCCGACACCGCCCGCUCAAUAGUCGGCCACGGAGGUGUACCGGUGCUGAUCGAGAUAUGCCAAACAGGAGACUCGAUUUGCCAAUCAGCGGCUGCAGGGACGCUGAAGAAUCUUUCUGCAGUGCCCGAAGUCAGGCAAACACUGGUGGAGGAGGGCCUUAUUCGAGUCAUGAUCGAUCUCCUCGAUUCUGGAAUCGUUCUCGGCUCCAAAGAGCAUGCCGCAGAGUGCUUGCAGCAUGUCACCGCCAGCAACGACAGCCUGCGGACGUCAGUAGUCUCCGAGGGGGGAGUGCGCAGCCUCCUGUCUUACCUUGAUGGGCCAUUCCCGCAGGAAUCAGCGGUUGGCGCGUUGAGGAACCUGAUGGGGUCGGUGGCGGCCGACAGCCUCGUUUCGCUGGGCGUCCUCCCUCGCUUGGUCCAUGUACUCAAGGACGGAUCGCUCGGCGCGCAGCAGGCAGCAGCAUCCAUCAUCUGCAGGCUAUCAAACUCAUCCGAGAUGAAGAAGGUAAUCGGCGAGUUCGGUUGUGUGGCCUUGCUCGCGAGGAUGCUUGACGCCAAGACGAACAAGGCCAGAGAGGCCGCUGCGCAGGCCAUUGCGGGCUUAAUGAGCUGUCCUCAGAACAGCAGGGAGCUUAAGAAGGACGAGAAGAGCGUGGCCGAUCUGGUUCGCCUGCUCGAUUCGAAUCCUCACAACACAGCCAAGAAGUAUGCAGUGUCCUGCCUGCUGUCGCUGUCGUCGAGCAAGAGGUGCAAGAAGCUGAUGAACUCCUGCGGCGCCGUUGGGUGCCUCAAGAAGCUUGCCGACAUGGAUGUGACUGGUGCCAAGAAGCUGCUUGAAAGAUUAGAGAAGGGGAAAUUGAAGAACUUGUUCAUCAGAAGAUAGACAUGUUUGCUGAUCUUGUAUAGGAUGCUGCUGUUUCACCGGCUCCCGGAAUCAGAGAGAGCUGAGGCUAUCAAGUAAACGUAGCGCUUGUUUAUCUCCUAAGCUGUAUGUACUAGUGGUGUGUUUGUUCUGGUUCUGAUAGUUUAAUCCAUACUGAGUCGUUUCAGUCUAAAUGAAUUAUCUUGAUGAA